UCUUACCGGUUCCAGGGUUGACAGCCCCACCCAGCGCCCACACGGGAUCGCGCCAGACAUUAGGGCGCACGCGCAGCUGGUGAAUGUGGGUGGAGAGUGCUGGGCACGCGCGCGCGCGGCCGCGCGGCCCUGUCGUGCAAGUGGGAGGGCAACGCAUGCGCGGGCGGCGGUGGCCUUAAGGGCGGCGGAGGCUCUCGCUGUCCCAGUCGGCCUGUCAGCCGGCUUGGAGGCGCGGUACGGCGCUCGCGCGGUGACGGCGGCCAUGGCGGCGGAGGAGGAGGAAGUGGACUCGGCGGACACCUGCGAGAGGUCAGGAUGGCUAACUGGCUGGCUUCCCACGUGGUGCCCUACAUCUACAUCACACCUUAAAGAAGCUGAAGAGAAAAUUUUAAAAUGUGUCCCCUGCACAUACAAAAAAGAACCUGUUCGUAUAUCUAAUGGAAAUAAAAUAUGGACACUGAAGUUAUCUCAUAAUAUUUCAAAUAAGACUCCACUUGUCCUCCUCCAUGGUUUUGGAGGUGGACUUGGACUCUGGGCACUGAAUUUUGGAGAUCUUUGCACCGGUAGACCCGUCUAUGCUUUUGACCUGUUGGGCUUUGGACGAAGUAGUAGGCCCAGGUUUGACAGCGAUGCGGAAGAAGUGGAGAAUCAGUUUGUGGAAUCCAUUGAAGAGUGGAGAUGUGCCCUAGGACUGGACAAAAUGAUUUUGCUUGGACACAACUUGGGUGGGUUCUUGGCUGCUGCUUACUCACUGAAGUACCCAUCAAGGGUUAAUCAUCUCAUUUUGGUGGAGCCUUGGGGUUUUCCUGAGCGACCAGACCUUGCUGAUCAAGACAGACCAAUCCCAGUGUGGAUCAGAGCCUUGGGAGCGGCACUGACUCCCUUUAAUCCUUUAGCUGGCCUCAGGAUUGCAGGACCCUUUGGUUUAAGUCUAGUGCAGCGUUUAAGGCCUGAUUUCAAACGGAAGUAUUCGUCAAUGUUUGAAGAUGACACGGUGACAGAGUACAUCUACCACUGUAAUGUGCAGACUCCAAGUGGUGAGACAGCAUUCAAAAAUAUGACUAUUCCUUAUGGAUGGGCAAAAAGGCCAAUGCUCCAGCGAAUUGGUAAAAUGCACCCUGACAUUCCAGUUUCGGUGAUCUAUGGCGCCCGAUCCUGCAUAGACGGCAAUUCUGGCAACAGCAUCCAGUCUUUACGACCACAUUCAUAUGUGAAGACAAUAGCCAUUCUUGGAGCAGGGCAUUAUGUGUAUGCAGAUCAACCAGAAGACUUCAACCAGAAAGUAAAGGAGAUCUGUGACACUGUGGACUGAGAACACCGAAGAGGAUAUGGGAGAGCCUGCUGACUGAUAGAGUUCCUCAGCAAUACUGUGCAGUCUCCCAUGCAGAGUAGGGAAUAAAACAACAAAACCAGCAGUCUUCUUGACUAUACUUCGCACAUAUUUUCUUUAUGAAGUUGCUUGCACAUUUAAACCAGUUAGUGCCUUCUAGAAGAAUGGCUUUCCUUUCUCCUAUGCAAAAUCGAAAUAUUCAAGAGUCUACAAAUCUAAUAGCUUUAAUAAAAGGUUAUUUGCCCCUCUGCUCUACUGAAAAAUUAUAAUUUUUCAACUGAAUUUUUUUUCAUUUCUAUCUAACUUUGCUUUGACAGGUACUUUUUAUAUUUCAGUCUAUAUUACCAAGUUUAAAAGGUGAUUACUGGGUCUAUAAUUUUAUAUAUUGUAAUGGUGCACUUUAUUUUCUUUGCUUCUAUUUACCAUGUCUAAUAACUGAUAUAGUUAAUUGCAGUUUUGUGUGUUUUUAAUGUGAAGAGUUAUCACUUGUUUAGAAUCUUUCACUUCAUUUUUGAAAUGGAGUAAUGAAAUACUGUUUUGGCUAAAAAGAUGGGACUUCGAUCACUAGUAUUAAUUUUUCUGAUUUUCCUCUGUUCUAUAUUUAAGCCACAUUUAACAUUUUAAGUGUGGUCUAUACUGAUGUAUCUGCAACCACAUAAUUCCUUAAGAUAUUUUAUAUGUGAUAUAAUUCUAUACUUCAGGGAAAUAUGACAUUAGUUUUUAAGUGAUUUAAGUACUAAACAGCCUUAACUAGAAGUGUGUCAUUUCCCAUCCCUCCCCAUUAAUACUGUUCUUUUCCAUGAGCCAGGAUGCAGCAUAAGAAACAAAUGACCUUCUGAGGGGAUAUUAAAACUGCUACCUUCCAGUAAGCCAAUCAUAUAUUGUCAUUAACCUCUGACUCCUGUAGAUGGGUGCUAAAACUGGAUUCCAUUUUUAACCACUAAAACAGAAAAAUAGGUGGUGCUCUUAUGUCUCAUGGCACCAGAAAUGGGAUAGUGUUUGGUUGUUUGGUUUUUGUUUUUGAGGUUUGUGUUGGUUAAAUAAUACACAUACUUGAAGUUAUAUUAUAAAAGCUAUAUAAGGUUGAUUGAACUAUUUGACAAUAACUACCAUCAGGUGUAACACUUUCAUGUUUUAAAAUGAAGAAAACUUCUUGGAAACUGUGAAAAUUGCCAUGUGAUAACUGGCUGCUGAGAAGACCCUCCAAAAAAGAAAAUUGAAUAGGAUUGUCAUCAACAAGGCAUCUUUGCCUUAUGUUGGCUAACAUUGCUUGUCUAGGAGAAAGGUGGUUAUGUAAAUAAAAAGAGUGAACUGUUUAUAUGCAAAUAAAGGUUGAGUGGUUUUGA